GUGGGCCACUUGAGUAACAUGAAUGGGGGUGGGGUUAUCGGGCUUUAGUUGUUGUUGACUUGUUGUUGCUUGUUAGUUGUUACACCUUAACAAUCCUACUCAUUCCUUUCUGCACUUUAAAUUUGAAAAGGAUAAUAUAUAAUGAUAAUCAGUCUCCAUUGACUCCAGUCACAACAGCUUCGACCCUCGACCCUCAAACCAGAUGGCCACCACAAGGUAAAAACUCCGCAGUUUUCCUCCUUUUCGUUUCGUUCCUCUAUAUGUAUCUAUAUGUGUGGGUGUAAGCAAGGCAACCAUCGUAAGCUUUUCCACAUUGGGGGUUGGGACAAGUCAUCGAACAGUGCGAGUGUGAAACCGUCUCAUAAGGGUUUGGUUCAUGUUUUAGCUGAUAGUGUUUCCGAGAUAUGUUGGUUCUUAGCAUGGACUCGAAGAGGCAGAGACGCCCAAAUGUCAGAUUGGUAGAGAUAGGGGACGUUCCUGCGGCUUUUGCUUGUGGCUUUUCUCACAAAGCUAAGGAAAGUUUGGAAGACAAUAGAUGGAAAUAUGAGCUGGAUAACUAUAGAGAAACUGAUUUUAAUAAUCCCAUUUAUGGAUUUUCUAUGCCAAGGUCAUCCGGAUUAACAGUUUCAGAUCCUAGUGUAUCUCCAAGGGUUUCGUCCGAUACGCAGCACAGCAGAGAGAAUAGGAACCCUAACUCUUCGAAAUUGGUUUCUGAAUUUGCGAGUACGGGUGAAACUAAUGCUGGUAAACCUAUGUUGGAUUUUGGAACAGUAAAGCGCAAGGGCCGGCUCAUGAAGAGGAGAGGGCGGAGUACCAGAGGUAACAAUGGUGUUGUUGGCAGAGCUUGGAGUUCUAAGUUUUGUCCUGACAUGAGUUAUGGAAAUGAAAGAGGGUUUAGGGGCUUCGAGUUUGGUCCUGCAUCAAAUCCAUGUUACGAUGUUUACACUGUUGAGGGGUUCAAGGAUUCAUCAGACCGUGAUACUUCAAAUACAAGCAAAGAAGCUCAUGAGAAUAACUGCUUAGAACCCAUUUCCGAUGCACAGGCAAGGGGAGAUUCUGAUGAGCAUUGGGUAGGGGAUGCUUGUAGAGGAGAUGGUGCCUUGUAUUCUCAUGAUGGGCCCUGUAUGGCUCAUAAAUCAAGUGGUGGAUAUGACGAUAUGGGUAGUAGUGGUGUAAAUAGUGUUAGAAGAUGGUUGGAGGAGCUAGGGUUUGGUAGGUAUUCUGAUAUAUUUGAAAUGCAUGAGGUGGAUGAGGAUGUGCUGCCCUUACUUACAAUUGAAGAUCUCAAAGAGAUGGGCAUUAAUGCUGUUGGGACUCGGCGGAAGAUGUACACUGCAAUCCAACAUCUAAGGGAAGGAUGACUUUCUGUUUGAUAAAACUACUUCAGUAAAUGGACAGCUUCCAGGCCUAGCAAAGUUGGUAGAUUUUUCAUAUUAAUGUCUCUUCCAGAAUGAUUUAAGGCAACAACCACAUUAUCCCAAGAGUCUGGAAGACUAUGCAAUAUAGUAGACACCUGAAUCUUUUCGGGGAUGGGAUUCUCAACUGCUACUAAUUCUUUUGCAAUAACAUUCAUCUUAUUAAUAUGAUCUAUUACUGAAUCUCCAUCUUUCAUCUUACAAGCAUAAUAUUUUUCUAUUAACAUUUGAAGAUAAGAUUCAGUUACCUUUCCAUAAGCUUCCUUAACUGCAUCAAAUAAUUGUUUAGCAUUCCCAUAUUCUUCAAACAAGACUUCAAUGUUUGAUUCCAUAAAAGUUAACAAACAAGAGCGGGCAGUUUUAUUAUCUUUUAAGUAUUUCUUAUAGGCUUUUCUAACAACCAAUGAUGCAUCAUCAUCAGGAACAGAGGGAACAUCUUGUUCUAAUAUGGUAUUCAACGUCUUUUUGAUCUAGUAUAAGUCUCAUCCUACGUUUCCAGAGAGGAAAAUUACUACCGUUAAGUUUUUCAGUUUUGUUUAAUUCAUUUGCUAUUGCAGAUCCAACCAUUAUGUCUAUGAAUAAACAAGGAGGCUGCAAGCAAAAAUAAAAUGAAAUUUAUAGUGUAAUGGUAAGCUAAUAUGAGCAAGCAGCUAUUUUCAGUCAAGAAAAUUGGUGAGAUCUAACUAUGAUUAACUAUGAUUAACAGUUAACUGAAAAUCAUAAAAAAGAAAUCAGCUUUCUUAAAUUUUGCUCUGUAAGAAUGAGAUUAAUAUUUUACCCAAGAUAAAGCCAAGAAAAUUUAUAGAAGCACAAAAUAAAUGCUUAGCACACAAUAGCGCAGRAUAGACUUCGGUAGAGAUAUCAAUCAUACCAAGCAACAAGUAUUCAGGAAGAAAAGAAAAAGAAAUUAUUAAACACUACUUGAAUGUUUUCUCAAAAAAGGGUUGAAACCCUAAAUGUAAAGAAAAAGUUUAGAAAAUACCUGGAUAGAUCUCUGUAAUAGAGAUCUCAAACCUUUUAUGCUUUCACCGAAUCUUGAUGUCGUUUCAGUAGACCGGAUGUUGGAGUCGUAAAUCAAAUAGAGUAAGCUUUGUUCUUAUUGAUAACAAAUAUUUUCUUUUGGGAAGACAAAUGUGUAAGAGUAGUGAAAAAGAAAAGACUCCAUUUUUGGGGUCUAAAAAGAAAGCUGCUGAACCACUUUUGUUCUUUCUUUUUAUUUGCUCACAGUCCCUUUUACUUUAAAGGACUGAUAUGGUGUAGCACAUGUACAUGCACACCAUAGGUAACAAAGCUCUGAUACCAAUGAAAAACUAUAACAGAACAGGGACAAAAUAAAGUACAAAUAAAAAGCUGCAAAUAAAGAGUAACUCCACUUCUUCUUGAUGGAUCCAACAACACUUGAACACAACCUUGGACUUCACAAAGCUGAUGAUACAAUCCGAAUUGG